AUGGGGUUAGAACAGUGGAAGCCAGAUAUCAUUGAUGCCGGGACCGAGCCACGAGUUGCGCGUCUGGCUAACAAUUUGGAUCGCGCAAAGCUCAACCUCAGAUUUUUCCUUCUGAAGAACCCUUAUCCUGCUGAGUUAGCUCAGGGCAUGGCAAUCGAUGCGAGGAAAUGUGCUGAGCAGAAGUUCUUUUCCACUCAGCCAUGGAACAGUCUCGGACUGGAUUCAUCACACGUUGGAAUCGAAAAUCUUCGAAUGUUCUUACAAGAUCUGUUGGAUAGUCACAUUGAACGUGAAUUGCCAAAGGGACGAGAAUAA